AUGGGUGAACCAAAUAGCUCGAAUACGCGAGGGCGCAAACCACGAAAAUAUAGCAAAUCAACCGUUAACGCGAGAGUUAACAAAAAGAAAUCAACUUCACCCAAGGUGGUCAAAAAAGAAUUACUACUACCGGACAACAGGUCGCCGCAAUUGACGCCUCCAAGCGAACCCGAUCUUCCCACAGAAUCAUCAUUCUUAUCAAUCUCAACUAUUGCCACGAUUGAUCCGUCAAUUACCGAAUUAGCAUCUAAUGAAACACAUGCAUUCAACAGUGAUCCUUCCAUAACUAGCAUUGCCAUAGAAAUAUUCAUGAACAUCUGCGAACAUCUUCCACCAAGUGAUUUAUUUUCACUCGUAUUGGUUUGCCGAAAAUUCAGAGAAAUUUUGUGCAAUGCAUCUCCCGUUGCCCAAAAGAUUUGGAAAACAUCAAGGUUGAAGUUUUUACGAUAUCUCCAAAAGCCUGCUCCACCUGGUAUGGACGAGAGGGGAUAUAUUGUUCUCAGGCAGUUGGAGAAAGGAUGUCAAUUCUGCCAAGAUCAUGGAUCUGGGUUUGUCAAAGUAUACUGGGAAUUUCGCGUGAGAUGUUGUGAAAUGUGUUUGGACAAACGGACCACGAGGCGUGAUAUAUUGUAUAUUGAUUGGAUCAUCCCCGAUAUAGUGCUUCGCACUUUACCUUAUAUAUAUCGUGGUGCCGCUCAAGUCUAUUGGACCAGCGAUGUUCACAAAGCGAUGGAACAGUACAAUGCAAUUUGUGAGAGUUGCGAAAAUGAAGAUGAGGUAUUAAAUUGGGUUGAUGACCAACAAAGAUUAGCAAACAGGAUAAUGGAAGAAGCCCCUUCUCGUGAACGAGAGGAACAUGAAGAACAGAUCUCAAAAUUAGAAGAAAGCAUUGAUAAGUCAUAUCCAAUGGUCAAUGACGUGCAGCACAUUCUCAGUAGGCAACCACAAAUAAUUCCACCCAUGAAUUUCAUGCCCAUGGGGUUGGCAAACCAUUCCCUCGUCAGCCCGUUAGUUAGUCCAAUAUCAAAUCCUGUCAUGAAUCCGCUGGUCAGUCCGAUUAGUCCGAUAAGCCCAGGCAGUCCGAUGAUAACAAAUCCGAUGGCAAAUCCGACAUUGAUGUUUGCGAAUUCGUUGCCGCAACUUAACCGGGGGCAAUACGUAGUACCGACUCAAUUUACUGGUGCAUUACCUUACAAUCGAUCUCAAUUUAUGAUCGCACCUCCUGUUCAGCGAUUAUAUCCUGCGCAGUUUAUGUCGCACAUCAACAGACAAAAUUGUUAUGGGAUAGGUCAGAUGCAACAGCUUUAUCGUUAUUAA